AUGGGAAAUGGGGAGAGCGUGAGAUCACAGGUUCAAGGAUCGAUGUUGGAACCUCAUCAGGGAUUCAGCGAGAUCCGGACGACGGGGCGGCAGCUGGACCGCGAGCAGCACGCCGAGCACAUGCUGGAGGUGACGAUCCGCGACGGCGAGGACCCGGCGACGUCCCUCUCCUCCGUCGCCUUCGUCGCCGUCAACGUCCUGGACGAGAACGACCACGCCCCGGCCUUCCUCGAGAGCCUGUACAAGUUCUCGGUGCCCAUCCUGCCGCGGCCGCCCACGCACAAGGACACGGAGUACGUCGAGGACAUGCCCAUCGGAAGGGUCGUGGCCGUGGAUGAGGACGAGGACGACAACGGCGACAUCACCUACAGCAUCGAGGGCGACCAGUGGCUCGGGACGUUCAAGAUCCACAACAAGACGGGCAUCAUCUCCGCCAAGCCCGGACUCAACCCUGAGGAGGACUAUGAGUUCACGGUCCAGGCCAUAGACAACGGUCGUCCUCGAACGCCAGCUCCUGCCUGGUGGUGAUCGACGUCGUGCCCGUGCCCGAGGACUCGAAGAACCCGCCGUCGAUCCUGGAGGAGGCGGAGGCGCGGGUCACGGUGCUCGAGAGUGAUCCCAUCGGCCAGCACGUGACCCUCAUCAACGCCCGAGACGAGGACGGGGACCGCGUGUGGU